GAACAGUAAUAAAGAACUACAAUCUUAAGAUCCCAAAUAUCAUAUCGCUCAUCGAUGAACGUGGGAACAAAUGGGAAACAAAAAUCUUAAAGUGGCGUUCGGGCCACUUAGCGUGCCCCGAUCACGUAUGGAGAAGUUUGUGUGAUGCGAAUCUCAUGGAGAUGGGUGACAGAUGCAUCUGUGAGUUCAUAGAAGAACAGAGCGGCCUAUCCAUAUUCGUACGAGUAGCUCGAGCUCAUAAACUGACUAGAAAGAAGGAUGCCGAGGAAAAGGAAGUUGAACAAGUUUACAAAGAACCAUUACACGAGAAUAAGUGGGAUGAAAGUGCUGAAGAUGAAAGUGGGAUGCAAAGGAGCAUUCUCAAGGGGAAACAAAAGUUGAAUUCAGCAUCUUCCAGUACACAUGUUAGAAGAUGUCUAAGGAAAAAGAAUGCAUCCGGUGGAAAGAAAGGCUUUGAAGAAGAGAAAUGUGCAAAAACUGACAAAGAGACUGUUCGUUUCAAUCUUCCUAACUGCAAUGACUGUAAAGAAAGCGGGACGAAGAUGAACAUUUCCAAGGCAAAGCGUAAAUUGAAAUCACCGUCACCACAUGAACCAGUCAACGAAGAGCAAGGAAAGACAAGACAUGUAUUUAUCUGA